AUGAUCAGCAUUUAUGACUCCAAGAAGGAGCAACUCUGCAUUGGGCCUUACUACUGGAUGCCUUUCCCUCACGUGGAUUUCUGGUUGGAGCAGAGCAACCGACCAUCUUACAGCCUCUGGUCAGAACGCAUUGCAAUUGGGGUUUAUUCAACCAUUGGUUUAUGGGACUGGUGGCAGAAGAAUCUCUCCACAUCACCCCUGGCUGAGCCCCACCAUUUUGUGUCACACAUCAGAGCUACUUCUUAUCUAAGAGAACAUCCGUUCCCCGAGAAGACCCUCUUCCCGACUCAAAAACCUCGCCUCUACAAAAAAAACGCCGAGGGCUUGUGGGAAAGAGUCUCUGGCCAGAUCUAAUCCGAA